AUGAAAGAUUGCGAUUAUGACGAACUUUCUGCAAUAACAUCUCUAGUCACGUCUUUGAGCCAGCAGAUUGGAAAUUCUUCCGAAACGUUAAACGAUAUCGAUGACACUUUAAAGAAACUAGUUCCACCAGAUGUCUAUGCGUUACUCGUCAACCGAGAUCUGAGUAACCGCGAAACAAAAUCAGAUAAGCUCGGGGAAGAAGAAGAAGAAGAAGAAAGAAAUAGUCAGGAUCAGGAUCAGGUAUCAAAAGAAAAGAGUCAAAGAGGUAUACUAAAUGUUAGUGAGCACGAACAAAGAAUCCGGGAUCUUCAGCGCCAAAGAUUAUCACUUAUCAUGGAAUUGCAAAAGCAAGACUUCAUCACUGCCAAGUUAGAAAAUAUAAUCGAGCAGUAUGGCGAAAUAUUUGACACCCUUAAAGACUUUUUGAAGUCACAUGAUAAGUUGCAAGAGGAAGAAAGGCUGGAAGCAAAAGAAAGUUUGGAAAAAUACCUCCUGCAAUGCAUUUUCCCCACACUUCAAAAAUUACAACGAGACAAAGAAGGUUCUUAA